GAUUGUUAUUUGCUCUCGAGUUGAGUUGUAGAGUGGGAUCGUCAGUAACAUGGCGGCGUUGAAAAAAACCGGUUGAUUUGUUGAUACUUUAAAGAGACGUGCAGAUUCCGAAAAAGUUCUGAAGAUGAUAAAAAUAUCAGCGUUGAACGAGGAGUCGAGCGAAGAAAGCGAAGAGGAAGAUGUACCAUCGAUCACGAAAGAAGCUCAAGAACAAAUAGCUUUCACUGAAUAUAACAAAGCCUUAGUCUUCUUAAAAGAAAGCAAACAGGAAGAUGCUCUAAAUAUUUUUAAAGAUCUAUUAGAAACUGAACUGUUGGAUGAGGUAGAAAAACCUGAGGUACCAGAUGGAAGGUCUAGGCCACUGUUGUCAUUGAAAUAUUCUUGUUUCAAAAAUAUUGCUGCUAUACAAGCUGCAUUGGGAAACUACGAUACAGCUAUAGAAAAUUAUUGGGAAGCAGCAAAUUUAGACGAUACGGAUGUAACAUUAUGGUAUAGAAUGGGUACAUUAGCUAUAAAAACAUCUAAUUUGGAAUUAGCUUGUUCGUCCUUUAAACAAGGCUUAAAAUGUAAUGCUAAUCAUUGGCCAUGUUUAGAUAGCAUGAUAACUGCCUUAUAUGCUGUUCCUGAUUAUAUGAACUGUCUUUUGUACAUUUCUAUGGCGUUAGAACGUGAUCCUUAUUAUGUGAAAGGUCUAGCUUUCCGUGACAGAAUAUUCAAAAACAUUCCAUGCCUCGAGGAAUGUUAUAAAUUAUAUAAUAGCAAUUGGCAACUAGAUCCACCGUUAUACACCGAAUACGAUCACGUAUUGGGUGAUAAAUUAUUAGCAGAAGCAAAAGAUAUUGCUGAAAGAUGGGCAGAAGCGUGUAAAAUAGAAUUUACUCCAAAACCAUUACCAGAAUUAAACCUAAGGAAGUCCAUAAAGAACUGCACCUGGUUGGAACUAGGUGAAAGUUUACUGGAUAUGCAUAGAUACAUUACGGAAAAUGAUUUAAGUUUUGUUAGUAGAAUUAAGCUAACAGUUCUUAAUCCAGAAGAAGCGCUUGUAAAAGUAAAUACCGAAGAAGACAUCCAUGGAGACAACUGUGCGAGUACAGAUCAAAAUUUACUCGAGAAUGCUCCCGUAAAGGAUGAAGAUGAUAGUGAAAAGUUAAUAAAAAUGGACACUGAUGAAAUAAAUUUUCCGUUCGAACCAUUAGACGACAGUAACGCAGAUAAUGGUACCGAUAUUGUAAUGGAGGCUGAAACGGAAGACGACAAGAAGUCUGAUUCCAGCGAUGUACAGAUAAUAGAGGAUGAUGAUCCAUUGAGAAUUUCGGACAUAGAACAGGGAAUUUUGGAACAGAAUCGGUUGAAAAAUGAUUCUGAAGAGCCAAACAUGUUCGAAAGGGACGAGAAUGAAGGUAAAUCACAUUCUGAGAAAGGCCUAGAUGACGUCUACAACACUGGAAAUGAAACGCAAAAUGACAAAGUUAGCGAUAAAGAUAGCAAUAAAUCUAGUGAGAAACCAUACGAGAAAGAUUUGAAGAAAAUUGAGAAAAUACAAUUGAAAGCAGAUGAGAAAUCUAACGAGAAAAACGAGGGGAAAGAAGAAGUGCAGAAAGUGAAAAAAAGACGUAGGAGUGCUCUUUGUUUUUUACAGCAAUGGGCUUGGAGUUGCGAUAGUAUGAGACGAUCGGCAAGAGUAAGAAGUUCAAACAGAAGGGAAGCCGAAAGGGACGACGUACAAUUAGAGGAGACUCUUAGAAGAAUAUUUCCUAGCACUUUAUUGCCAGAUUCGGUGAAACUAACCAAAGACGAUCCUUCUAGAAGUAUGGAUGACUCUAUGGACACGAUGGACUUGUAUCAGCUGUUUAGCAAUCAAGAAAAUAAUAGUAAUAAUGCCACAGAGAUUGUGAAAAGUUCUGAAAGUUCGAAAUCACCGAGUCCUGACAGAAGUCGACAGCAAAAUUAUUUUGGUACAGAGUUCGAAGCAGCCGAUGUAAAUAUGUUUAUUACCGAACACAGUGGUAAAGGUAACCUGAUGAUAAUCUUAGCAAAAUAUACUGAAUUCUUAUGCAUUAAAUGGGAUCAAGAAUGGCCGAAAGGAUUGUCAGAAGUAUAUUUACAAGCAUAUUCGUUUAUGAGAGAUCACAUUCCUCAUCCAUCUCCGUUCGAAGAAGAUGUAAGCGACAAUAUUUUAAAAUUGGACGCUGAAAUGACUUUAUUAUUCGGUGAACUUCAUACGGAUAAGUGGUUGAACAAUAAACCAGACAUCGUACCUUCUUCAACGUAUGAUUUCUUUUUUAUAUAUAUUACUAGAUGUAUUAUUCAUUUGAUACGAACAAUGCUUUUAUUCAUAUUAGUGAGGGUUCUGUGGCUUAAAGCUAAUAUCUUUUUGUGUCAAGGGGAUACAGAUAUAGUCAUUGAAACGUUAGAAUUAUUAUUGAAUCACUUACAAGAAUUAGAGAAACAGAAUCAAAGUGUUUAUCUGAAAUUGUCCAACUGUAAAUACAAUUCCCAGAUCAGUAUUAAAAUUGUGGAGAAAAAAUUAAAAUCUAUUCAAAGGGGACAGAAACUAGGAGAAAUCCAACACUUGUACGACGAGAAAAAAUACGCCGAAUUAGCCUACGUGUUACAAGACACGUUCAAAUUUGCGAAACAGGGAAACAAAUUUCUGUCCGUUAGCGAUAAUAUAGUCGAUAGAGUACAGCAGUUGUCUAUGCUGUUGGAUAGUUUGUGGCAUCUUCAGCAGUACGAAGAAUGUUACGUGUGGGCCGAGGCUUGUCUAAGUGAAGCCUGGCAGAAUUAUUUGAACACUACCGACGAAGCUGAACAAAAGAAAUGGACGGGUUCGGUUUUAAUGGCGCUCGAGAAGCUAGAGGCUUGCACGAUCGAGGUCAGCACUUUCGUUCUACGAUACCUGCCGGAGACUCGUCUUUCCAGAUUGGUGCAAAAUUUAGUUCACAUUGUGUGCAAUCAGUUAGACGUGUCGGAUACUACCGUAGAAAUGCCACUCGAGACUGUUCUCCCGUGGAUUCUGUUGCAUUACAUUUUACAAUACAAGGAGGACAAAGAAAGAGCAAAGGUCGAGUCGUCGUACAAGAACAGACAGCACAGUUCCAACUAUUCGGAAUCCGAGGACGAAGACGAAGGUGUUCCAGCGUCUGUCAUGAUUCUAUUCAUUGCUCACGAAUUUAUGGGCAGACAUUCGUGGUGUUGUUACAACGAGGCGAAACUUUUGUUUUUCACAUUAAAUUUGGUCAUUCCGAAAUUAGAAACGCCACAAUUCGCCGGUAUAAAAAGUAAAGUCUCGAAGUAUCUAGAACAAAUAUUUUACUGUCUCUACGGCCACUACAACAAAGUGAAUAAAGGACGACCGAAACACAUUGAGGAUCAUGGGGUGCCUCAGAUGAAAAUGACGUGGGAAGGAGCGCAGUUGCUGUUCGAUUUUUACAAACCGAAGCAGAUACCAGAAUUUUGCUCCCCUAGAUCGUUGACGAUCAACGCCGACACAGAGGAUUUAUUUAAACGGAUAAUAAAAUUAAUUCCCCCGGAAAGCGAUCCGAAUCAAGUGAUCGAGGAAAUGAUGGCUUAUGCAAUGGGCGAGCGUGAUACGAUGCCAACGGUUAAGAAGCCGUUGCCACAUUCAAUGUCCACUAUUUAUUAUCUGUUGGGUGAUUUCUAUUUCAAAAAUUGUAAAUGGAGCGUGGCAAUUAGAUACUAUCUGUUAGAUCUUUGCUUUUAUCCGACGAGAUUAAGCUCUUGGACCGGUUUAGCAAUGUCGUCGGGUACUGUAAUAGAGACUUGGUUAAACAAGUAUAAACCCAUAAACGAGGAUAAACUCUUAGCAAAAGCAAAAUUAACUCAGUCCAGCUAUAGACACGCCGUCGAACUGGAUUCUUGUAAUCACAUCAUAUGGACGGAAUACGGGAACUUCGCCUAUGGUGUUCACUCGUUCUGUUCGCGAUUGUUGAAGCAGGAAACUGACACGUUGAGUAUGGAACGAUUUGAGAUUUUAGAGACCAGGAAAGAAGAAAUGUUAGAAAUCGCGAAUCAAUGUUUCCAAUCCUGCUCUCGCUUAUUCGUGGAAAUGAAAGAUGGACCUAUACCCCACGAUGAAAGAUGGCUUUACCAGUACAUGCUUGGAAAGGUUGCGGAGAAGAAAAAUCAGGAUCCUCCUAUAUUUUUAGAACAUUAUGCAAAGGCUAGCGAGCUGCUGUACCAUAAUAAUGCCCAGUAUCCACGUAGAAUAAGUCACAAAUGUCCGCAACAUCUCUCGGUCGAGGCGUUAGAAGUACAUUAUCGGAUCCAUGCGAGUAUAUUGAAGUAUCUCGAGCAACACGAGGGUAAACCAUUAAAGAAAUCGCUGGGGCAGCUGCUGCAAUUGCAUCUCGCGAAGUGUGCCGAUGGACCCUUUAUGAAAUACAGCUCGAAAUUGAACGACAAGGCCAAGGAGGAUGGGCUUUUCACCGGGAAUAAAAGCAACGGGAAAGAUGUGGAGUUCCCUGGCGACGGGGACAGAGGCGUUGUCACGAUUUCCCAGCGUUCGAACAGCAUCGAGGAAAUCGAGAUAGUGGACAGAACGAACAAAGGUCUCUGUACGAGUCAGAAACUGGAAACACGGAAACGAUCCCCCACCGACACACCCCAGGAUAACGUGAAGAAAAUAAAACUGGGCAAUGUAUCGCAUUUACAGUUGAUGCAGGAUGUCGUGGCUUUGAUAGACGACGUGAUCACAAAGGUUUGCGAUAUGGUCUCGCAAAAAGAGAGAAAGGACGACAGCAUUAUGGUGUUGUCCAGCGACGAGAGUAACGAGUCCAAGUUGCAGAAGAAGAGACCGAAGACGAAAAGUGUUGAGAAAAUAAAGCAGCAGCAGACUUCACUUGCCGACGAGAACAAGAAAGGUCCAUUGAAUUCGCUGAAAAUUAAUAAUGUAUUCGAGGCUGAGGGGAAGUCGGAGAAUGUUCAAGAUUUAAUGGACGCGCUGAUGAAACAGGCGAUGGAAAUCAGUCAAGAAACACGACAAUCGACGCCUGAGGACGAGGAUACUCGGAAAUUCGAUGGGAAAUGGCUACAGAGCGAGGACUUGCAGUGUGGUAAUAAAGAGACAAAGGAUAAAACAGGGGAGAAGAAGAAAACUACUGCCAAAGAAGAAGUGACAUUGAGCAGAAGAGGUUCUCAAGAAAGUACCACGACAACUCAGACAACCACAACGACAACGGAAACGAAUAAUUCCAGUUCCAGUAGCAGUGACGAAUCGAGCAGCAGUGAUGAUAGUUCUGACAGCGAUAGUUCCAGUGACACAGAUAGCGACUCUGUUCCUGAAAGUGACUGUGAAAAGAAGAAAAAGGAUUCUGAUUUUGUGCAAAAGGAGGAACAUAUGACAGAUGAAGAAGUGGCGACUUUAAUAGCAUUCUGUUUAGCUGGCCUAGAACAGUGCAUUUUAAGGUUCUCCGAACACUACAAAUCAUUCUAUAGAUUAUCACACUUCUUCUUUAACAACAGAACUGCCAAGGAUAUAACGAAGUGCAGGAAUCUUUUAUUGGACAGCUAUAACUGUCAGUUUUAUCGUGGGGAAAGCUUUCAGGGACUUUUUGCCGAUAGAAAGAGCACUAAUUUCUUCAGUGGUGUUUGGCACAUACCAAAUCGAGAGGUGGAUAGACCUGGUAGUUUUGCAUUUCAUAUGUCAAGAUGCGUAACGUUACUCAUGCAGGUACUUAAAGAAACAAAUGAUGGUCGAAUGCUGAUGCAAUUGAGCGUGCAAUUGGGGAAAAUUCCAGAAUCAGAUAAAAAAUAUCUACGUGAUUCCGAAAGGGAGCAGUUGUCUCGUCAAGCAUUGACACUCUGUUUACAGUCUCUUAGAACAAAGGUUCAAUUAAUGGGAACUGCCACCCCUGAUUCCUCGUCUAACAAAACUCCCGACAGUAGAACCCAAGUACUUCUCGAUACAUAUUGGGUGUAUCAAAGAGCAUUGAAAAGUUUUCAGACUAAAGAGCAAACCAUACAAACACUGUCUGCCCUGCUAGUGGAUACAUACAAAACAUAUGUCGGCAAUAAAAACUUGGAAGGAAACGUUCUAGAAAUUGCUUCGAAAUUCUGUAACGACUACAAUUACAAUCGCAAAGUUUUAAAUAAAUUUCUCUCCAAUUUCGAUAAACCCAGCACAGACGUCCAAGUACAACCACAAGCAACGUCUCCGAUUCCUGUGGUCACAUCUCAGUCUCAAAUUAGUUCACCGUCGCCGCAGUCAUCCCAGAGUCGGAAACCGUACAAAAAUAUAACAUCCACGGGUCGACCAAGAGGACGACCACCGAAUGUUAACAAAUAUUUACAGGCCAUGCAGCAGAGCGGCCAUGCGAUGAAUCAGUUCAACGCGAAAGCAAAUUUCGCCAACUAUAUGGGGGCAUCGGGGAAUCGGUCCCUGAUGAAUCCGUAUUUCAUGCAUCCAUUGGUCGACCCAAAUAUACUGUCCGCAAUACUAACUAGUGGUUUAAGCGGCAGUAUGAUGGAUCACUUGUCAGCGAUGAAUUAUUUAAAUCAAAUGGGAAAUUAUCAGGACAUUCUCAGACAGUACCAGAACAAUCUCUCCUCGUUAUCGAACUUGGCGAGCGGUUUAAACAGUACAAUCGCCAGUGCAACGAACAUCAAUACCGUGCCUACAAUGAGCACUUCCAAUAUAAACGCCACUCCCAGUAUGAAUAAUUUAGGUAACUUGAAUAACCUGACGGUACAGCAGCUGUUGAGUUUAAGUAACUCAACGGCGAGCACUGCACGCGCCACACCUAUGUACCAGCAGGCAGCUACCACGAAAACUACCACAACAACUGCAGCAUUGGCUAAAGAUAGACCUAGUAUAUCUAUAACACCGGUGAACACAGUGCCACCUAAAAACAAACUGUCGAAACAAAAUCCCCAAGGCGAGUCGUCCUCGUUGCCGGUCCAGUUGCCAAAGUCUCUGCAAAUGUCGCAACCUUCGAAACCAGUUUUACAGCCACCGACCACUCAGGUGUCUCUUCUGAAGCCAUCCGUGGUUCAACAUGUGAAAACCAGCCCACCGAAACAGAUGAGUGCUCCACAGAUUCGAGUCUCGAAAUCUCUGACCGAGCCCCAACCAGCGCACAAUCCAUCCUUGUCGCAUUCCCCGUUAAAAAGUAACGUUACCGCGAACUCAACUGCGGCGGUGCCUCAGGUUGCACACUCGGUGGUGGGCCCGUCGAUAAGCCUGAAGCAAUCGUUGUCGAUGAAUGUUGCCCCUUCCCAUUCGGGGACAUCGCUGCAACACAAAUUGCUGUCGAAAAAGAAUUCCCAACGAUCCUAUACUCAGGCGAGCACGCAGAAUCCAAUCAGGAAGACGAAAUCAUCGAAAACAAUGCCUCCACUGCCUAGCAACUUCUCUAAUCUAUUAAGCACGUUGCCUGGUAACUCGUCGAUGACACAACCGCCGUAUAUACCCCCCGAGUUGAGUGGAAUCUCCGUGAGCCCGAUUAAUCCUCAACCCGGACUGAAGGGUCCAAGUACGAAGUACUCUAAUUACAAAAAGUCCACUGGUAAAACGAAAACGUCGGCUUCGAUGGAGAUAUCGACACCGUUGCCGAAUUCGUUCGCUCAAAGUACCACCUCCGCGGAGGCUCUGUCGAUGCUGUCGCAGCUGAAGCAACAUUCACAUUUAGAGAUCAUACCUCAGCAGAAAGCACAAAUGAAGUCGACGAUGGAGUAUCCAAAGAGUUUAUCCUCUGGCGUGACCGUGGUCCCACAAAAAAUGUCCGAUCCUUUGAGACCAUCGACCACGGAUUGUAUGACAAUAUAUGAUUUACCUAGAGGAAAAUCGAGUAGUAUUUCUAGCAAAAAAGGGGAGAAAUCUGUUAACGACAGCGUUGAGAUUAUAACGUUGGACGACUGAGUCCACCAAUUUUAAUACUGAAGUGUCGACAAUGUCUCUUUCCUUUUUCGUUGUCCGAGAAAGGU